AGGGACAUUGAGGGACAACUCCAUCUAUAGAACUCCAUGACUGCUAUGGCAGCUAGAAGUAAUACAUACAGGCCUAACAAUAUUCCUCACUACUCUUGCAGUGAGAAUAAGUCUUACUCAAGCACAUAUGGAACUGACAAGGGCAAAGGUCUCUGGACAGGUAAUAAACUGACUUCCUGGAAUAAUAAUGGGAAAUUCAAUCAAACUGUCAGCCAAGGAGGUAGUACCUUCAGGAGUCAUGCUGGUGUUGAGAGCCAAAUCUGCAACAAGAAAGGUCAUACUGCCAGGAAUUGCUAUCAAAACACAGAAUGUCAAAUUUGUCAUAAGAAGGGUCAUAUUGCUAGCAAGUGCUUCCAGAAUCCACUCAAUAACAACAAUGGUGAAUAUAGGAACAACAGUGGGAUAUCACCUAAGUGUCAAAUUUGCAGUAAGAAAGGACACACUGCUGUUCAUUGUUUCUAUAGAACUGAUGUUCCUGCUUAUCAUCCUGCUCAUUCUGUGAUUGUCUGCCAAAUCUGUGGACUUAAGGGCCAUGCUGCUCUUGAUUGCCACCACAGGAAUAACUAUGCAUAUCAGGGUGUUGAACCAUCAUCAACACUCACUGCCAUGACUGCUCAGUCCCAAUGCAAUGUUUCUAGCUCUACCUCGGUACACCACUCACAAGUUCCUGUGUCAGACUCUUUUGCUAUCAGUUCCUCAUCUAGUUCUUCUUCUUCUGAUACUGCUCCUCAUAGGCUACCUGUUUUAUCUUCUGAUCAAUUGCAUGCGUUACUACCGUUUGAUGUUGACUCUCAGCCUCCUCCUGAUACCUCAGUUUGGGCUAAAGGGGGGAUAGGUAAUGAUGCUGCUGUUACUGAUAAUAUUGCUGUUAAUGAGAUUGGAGGUGUUGAAAACAUCAACAACAACAAGGCUUGCUCUAAUGCAGUUCCUAGUAUUGGUCAUGAGGCUGAAUCUUCUGCAACAAGUUUGUCUUCAAGUCCUAGUCAAAAUCAUAAGAUGUCUGCUAUGAGAAUUAAGAAGAAUGUGUCUCAGAGGUGUUUAAAUGGCAAUAGGAAUAACAUUGGCAACAUGUCUGAAAAUGGUGGAGGCUACAGGAAUAAUUUUGGGUUGUCUCCAGAGUGUCAAAUCUGUAGGAAGAAAGGCCACACUGCUGAAAAUUGCUUCUACAGGGUUGACAUCCCUCCUAAUCAUAUCUCUAACUCUGUGAUCAUUUGUCAAAUCUAUGGUCUGAAGGGACAUGCAGCCUUGGACUGCCAUCACAGGUCAAACUAUGCAUUUCAAGGAGCUGAACCUCCUUCUACUCUUGCUGCAAUGACUGUGCAUAAUAUCAAUGGAGCUAGUUCUUCUAGUGUUUCUAUUACUGCACAGGGUUUUCCAUAUGUAGGUACUAGUUCUCCUCGUCCUUCUUUUAGUCCGGAUCAGUCACAAGUUAUUCUUCCUCUCUGUUCUGCUCUGGAUAACUCUCUUGACACCCACAUUGGUGUUUCUCCUGCUGUGGUUGAUGGGGGAGAUCAGAAUGUGAUAAAUAAUGAUCAAGCUGAUGCACAGUUGGUGGAGUGUGAUUCUAGUGCAGAGCUGCUGAACCAGAAGUUGAAGAUUGGUGUCGUGUUAUCUGGAGGCCAUGCACCUGGAGGUCACAAUGUGAUUUCUGGAAUUUUCAAUUACUUGCAAGAUCACGCCAAAGGGAGCACGAUGUAUGGUUUCAGAGGUGGACCUGCUGGUUUCAUGAAAUGCAAAUACGUUGAGCUUACACCGGAGUAUGUUUAUCCAUAUAGAAAUCAAGGUGGUUUUGAUAUGAUUUGUAGUGGAAGAGACAAGAUUGAAACUCCAGAGCAGUUUAAGCAAGCACAUGAGACAGCUGUGAAGCUUGAUUUGGAUGGUCUUGUUGUGAUUGGAGGAGAUGACUCAAACGGUGUUAUACUUAUUCCUGAAGGUCUUAUUGACUUCAUUCCUGAGGUACAGGGGCUUAUUGCUGAAUUGAAUGAAAUUCUGCCCCAUGAUGUUGUAGAUGGAGAUGGGUUGUGGAAAAAGAAACUCACAAGUCAGUCUCUACAGCUUUUUGACUUACCUUGUGAACAAUUUGAUCCAAGAAGAAGUCCGAUUUAUGAGAAUUUCAUGCUUACCAAAGCCAAAUGUUUGAGUAUCAAGAAGAAGACAUUUCAAGAUUUUUGUGCCUUAAUUCAUAGAACUAGUGUUGAUACAUCAAGAACUGGUACGCAAAACUUUUUCAUGUUGUUAGAGAGUGAGUGUAAUGGUAUGAUCUGUUACUUCAUUAUGUUCCUUCUUCUGAGCAUACUCCAGCUUUUGAGUAUACUGCAUAUGGUCUUACGAAGGGGUUACACUAGCUCAGUUGUCACGUGUCAGUACACAUUGCUCCAAUCUCAGUUUGGUUAACCCCAACUGAGAUUGAGGGGAGGUGUCAACUGUUACGUGAUGAUAGCAUGGCAAAGUCUUUGUUGACCAAUGAUAUGGUUUCCAGCUGUCAUCCAUGUACUAGCUUUCUAGAUAUUUUCCUUUAUUUCCAGCGUGUAAUAAGUGUUAGGUUUUUCCUAACUAUAAAUAGGGUAUGCUUGUAUGAUUUGCGGUGUGUUGCAUUAAUUGAAGAAACUCAGAAGAAAUGGUUCCAGCUUUUUUCCUUCUUCUCUCUUUCUUCUCCUCCAUUGUUGAUAGCUUGAGAUCGUCAAGGUUUAGCUAUGGCUCCCAUGUUAUCACUUUGUACAUUGCGCUGAUUACUGUGGCUAGCUUCAACCAUUGUUUUCGUGUUGUUUUUAUUGGUUUUCGCCUGGAUGAUGGGAUGGCCGGGGAAUACAGAUCACUCAAGAGACAAACAUAGGUCUAGAAAAAGCUGUCACCCUCAAACAAUUAAAAGAUGCUACUCGAAAUUUUGGCCACGAAAAUGAGAUUGGUCGAGGGGGUUUUGGGACAGUAUACAAGGCCGAAUUGGAAGGUCGAACUGUAGCUGUGAAGAGACUUUCCUCUCAUUCAGAGGAAAGGAUUAGUGAAUGGAAAAAUGAAUUUUAUACCUUAAAAUUAAUGGAUCAUCAGAACAUUGUUCAAUUGAUGGCCGUUUAUAACCGAAAAGGCUUGCAAAUGAUUAUAUAUGCAAAAUAACUCCCUUGCGCACGCCUAAUUUGACUCAAAGCUCAGAUUGCAACUUGAUUGGAAAGCAAUUGCAAGGUGUAAAAUUUGCUUGGGAAUAGCAAGGGGCUUGCAGUAUCUACACAAGCAUAGGCUGCAGACGAUUCAUAGGGAUAUUAAAGCUGCUAAUAUUCUUCUUGAUGGAAAACUUGAAGCUAAAAUUUCAGACUUCGGAUUGGCAAGCCUUUACACUGAAGAUAAUCAAUUCGAGUUCAUCAAAGUAGAAGUGUCACAGGGAUAUAUAGCACCAGAGAAUGUUCGAGGAAUUGUCACAUUUAAAACUGAUGUCUACAGUUUCGGGUUAGUUCUACAUGAAACUGUUAGUGGAAAGACAAAUGCAGGAACCAAGCGAGAUAGCCUAGAAAGUGGAUUCUCUUAUACGGCUUAUCAUUUACAUGGAAAAGAAGGCUGUUGGACUUGGUUGACAGAAACUUGUCGGGCAGUUAUGACGCAAAAGAAGCCGUUAUCAUCUUGAACUUAGCAGUUAAGUGCACCAGUAUAGCUCCAGCCGUGAGGCCUACUAUGUCUGAUGUUGUUAGUGUACUUGUUGGUGACAAAAGAAUCGAUCAGAUUUGACCUUCUGCCCCAAAUGAUAAUCCCAUUACUCAAGAUGGAACAGAACACAUUUCUGAAACUAAACCCUAGAGAAUUCCAAAUGAAACAGAGCAAUCUAUGCUGCAUCUAUUCCCUAUUUUCUUCUCCUCGUUUUCGGAACUUCUAAACUCUACUGCCACGAUUGUAUUUAACUUGCAUGAGAUUGAUUCUUGGCCUUAAGUGGCUUGCCUUGUCA